AUGGCGGCGAAGUCAAGCGCCAUACUCCGGCGGGCUCUUCUAUAUGUCCCAUCGUCCUCUCCACGAAUGCUCACGAAAUCCCUCUCCCUCAAGUCCGACAACGUGACGUACGACCUCGAAGACUCCGUGACCCCCAACGCCAAGCCCGAAGCGCGGCGCGCCCUCCGGGAGCACCUGUCCCAGCUGUCGUCGCGGCCGCCGUCCAUCUCCGAGCUCGCGAUCCGCAUAAACGCCAUCUCGACGCCGCACGCGCUCGAGGACCUGACCUCGCUCGCACCGCUGCCGCGCCUCGACGCCAUCGUGAUCCCCAAGGUCAACUCGGCCUCGGACCUCACGUUCGCGACCGACGCGCUGCGGCAUCUGGCGCCGGAGCGCCAUGCCCCGGGCGGCGGGAGCCCCGUGAAGCUGAUCGCGCUGAUCGAGUCGGCGCAGGCCAUCAUGAACCUGCGUGAGAUCUGCUCUGCCUCGCCCUACCUCUCCGGGCUCAUCUUCGCUGCCGAGGACUUUGCGUUGGAUCUGAGCAUUACGCGGACCCCGUCGCUGUCCGAGUUCCUAUAUGCGCGGUCCGCGAUUGCUACGGCGGCGCGCGCGGCCGAAUUGCCGAGUACCAUUGAUCUGGUAUGCACGUCCUACAAGGGCGAGGAAGGACUCAAGAGGCUAGAGGAGGAAUGUCAAGGCGGAAAAGCCAUGGGUUUUAACGGGAAGCAGUGCAUACACCCUUCGCAAGUGGAGACAGUGCAGCGGUUGUUUGCACCGGGGGAUAAAGAGGUUGAGUGGGCGGUGCGGGUCGUGAUUGCGGACGAGAAGGCGGCAAAUGCCGGCAGAGGCGCCUGGACGCUGGAUGGUGCCAUGAUUGAUGCGCCGGUCGUGGGUAAGGCGAGAGCGAUUGUCACCAAGGCUGAGGCUUGCGAAAUAGAUGUUACGAGCAUAAGAGAAAAAUGGAAAGAACAGGAGCCCGAAUAA